AAACUUAAGAACAAGAGAAUGAAACUAAAACCGUAAAGUUCGCUGGGAUGGAUGUAAAACACAGGCGACCCUAAAAACAGGAACAUGAUGAUCACUGUUUCAGGAGCAGGGAGCUCCCAAACUGAAGCCACAGCGAAGCAGGUGGAGGUUGUGCUGGAAGCAGCAGGAUGACGUCCACCCACUGCAGAUGGAUGAGGCUCCACCUGACCAAAGGAACAACAGCGUCCACUAAGGCAGAGUCACCUGCUGGUCUAAGUCACAUCUCAGACGAUUUGCCUAAAAUGAGAAAUGUUUUGUUCAUGACCUGCUUGUUACAAUAUCUGACAAACCGAGGUGAGGAAGGAAACCAGGCUGCUCAGUUUGCUUCAUGACAUGCAGCAAAGGUUCACCGCUGUGAGGAAAGGGAGCGAGGGAAGGACGCGAGGGAAGGGGAUGAAGGCGAGGGAGGAGGAGUAAAAAAUCAGUGUUGGAGAGUCGGACGCGGAAGAAGAAUCAGCCUCGGAGGAGGAAGAAGGAACCCGAGCAGAACGUAGCCGCCCGUCUGCGCGCACACUUGUUGACUAGCGUUGCCCUCCGGUUCUGCAGCGGGUUCGGGCUUCCUCCUCCGGCUCGUCGUGUUUGUCUCGCGGUCUUCGCGGUGGACAGGCGGGCUGUGAUUGUGCUGCCAUCCGUCUCAGAGACCACAGAGCCGCGUACGCUCCGCAUCCAGCCUCACUGGAUCCAUAUUUGUGUCCGGCUCCGAGCGGGCAGUUCUGGGAGUCCGUCCGAGGACGCCGCUGGGCGGCACCGCUGUCUCGCACCGCUGUGUCCGUCCGGAGGACCGCCACCGCCGCGUGGUCGACAGCACUGUGAUCCGAGGGCUUCUGCUUCCCGGAGCCGCGGUUCGGUUCGAACAAAGAACACGCUCCAUUAGUACUUCACGAGUGCGAUUUACAGCCAGGAUCCGCUCGAGAACGCGCCCGACCGCGGCGCCCUCUCCGCCGGGCUGCGCCGCUGGGUGGCACCGCUGGGUCCAGCCGGGGAUGAGUGCUCUGUGGAGGUUAGCCACGCAGCCUUUGCUUAAUAACUAAUCUGGGUCGGAUCACAGAGUCGUGACCCGGCUGCGCCUGGAUAAUUGGCUGUGGAGCUCCGAGCCGAGGCCGUCGUGUGUGGCCGCAGGGAUGCGCGACCGCUGGAGGUGGAAUAUUGUAUAAGACUUCGUUUUCAGAACCAGAACCCGUUAGUCAGCCUGACUACUUUGCGUGGGGGACAUGGCCGAGUCCAGCCGGACCAGAUUGGUGGAGCCCGACGCCUCGGACGGCCGGACAACGAGCCCUCACACCGUCAAGAAGCGGGCCCAGCAGUCCCCCGGGCUCCGGCCCAGGUACCAGAGCCCGGCACCGGGCCACUGCUUCAGGAAAGUCACCCUGACCAAGCCCACCUUCUGCCACAGCUGCAGCGACUUCAUCUGGGGGCUCGUGGGCUUCCUGUGUGAAGUCUGUAACUUCAUGUGUCAUGAGAAAUGCCUGAAGACGCUGCAGUGGGGUUGUUCCUGUGUGGCUCCAUCCAUGGUCCAGGUGCCAGUUGCUCACUGCUUCGGUCCGGCUGGUCAGAAGAAACGGUUCUGCUGCGUGUGCAGGAAACAAACGGAGGGGAACGCAGCGCUGCGAUGUGAAGUGUGCGAGCUGCAUGUCCACGCCGACUGUGCUGCCUUCACCUGUGCUGACUGUCGCUGUUGUCACCUGGACGGGGCGCUGGAGCAGGACAUGUUUCACCACCACUGGAGGGAGGGGAACCUGGCGCCAACGGCCAGGUGUGAGGUGUGUAAGCGCUCCUGUGGCUCGUCUGACGUCCUGGCGGGGAUGAGGUGUGAAUGGUGCGGCCUCACGAGCCACUCAGGAUGUUACCUGAACGUUCCACCAGAGUGCACUCUGGGCCGUCUGCGCUGCAUGAUGCUGCAUCCCACCCGCGUUCGCCUCCACUCCAGGAACUUCAGCAAGAUGCAUCUCUACCGCAUCACGGAGAGCUGCAGCCACGAGCUGGAUACGACGGAUGAGGCGGAUCCGUCUGCUGCUGCGUAUAAAGACGCUCAGACGGCUGCUCCGGAGUCGGCCAGGCAGCUCCUCAGGGUGUUUGAUGGGGACGACGCGGUGAAGCGUGGCUUCUUCCGACUGGUCUCAGUCUUUCGAGCCACGAGAAGUGAAGACGUGGUGGAGGCGGCGCUGAGGGCCUUUUACAUCCAUGACGACCCUCAGCACUACGAGCUGCAGGACAUUGGCAGUUUGCAGCGCCUACACUGCGACGACAUCCUAAACCGGAACGGCGGUCCGGACCACAGGGCAGACUCCUGGCUGCUGAGGGCCAGAGCCCGAGAAUCUGAGGUCCUUAAGGUGUUCAUUGGGUGGCCCAGGUCGGGUCCAACCUUUGUGCCUGUGUCUGUCUCAGAGAACAGCACAGCAGCUUCAGUCCUCAGCGAGGCCCUCAGUCAGAUGGAGCCUCAGGUAGAACCUGCAAAGAAGACUUUAUGUUCUGUUCAACAUCUGGGCUCUCUGCUGCAGCUGCAGGAUGAGUCCAGGUUGAGCCUUUUGGAAGUUUACAUGAGCAGCAAGCAAGUGCAGAGACAGACGCUGGUGCCUCAGGAGAAGAUUCUGGAUAAACUACGGGAGAUCAGGAAGGUGUCUUUGCGACAAAUGCACCAGACUCGGUUCUACGUGGUGGAGUCCAGGAACCGAGCCGUGCAGGUGGACCUGCUGAUUGGAGGACUGCCCCCCCUGCUGUCCAAAGAGGAGUAUGAGCACCUGGUGGAGCAACACCUGAGUAGCAAGAGUCACCUGGUCGCCGUCAGUCACGUCUACGCCGGGCAGGGUGCCGUGUCGCUGGACAUCUCGUGUUUCAGUGAGGCAGAGAGGAUCUACAUGUUGGCCAAGGACAUGUCCGUCAGCAGCAAAGCGCUCACGUCGCUCGUCGUUCCAGAGAUCGUGUACGAGCUGGGAGCUGACGCCUGUCCCCUGCUGGUCUUCGUCAACCCAAAGAGCGGAGGCAUGAAAGGACGAGAGCUGCUCUACAGCUUCAGGAAACUGCUGAAUCCUCAUCAGGUCUUUGACAUUUCCAACGGUGGACCUCUGGCUGGCCUACACGCCUUCAGGGCUGUCCCCAGGUUUCGAGUGCUGGUCUGUGGGGGUGAUGGGACAGUAGGAUGGGUGCUGGGAGUACUGGAGACCGUCCGACACAAACUGGUCUGCCGAGAGCCACCGAUUGGGAUAGUGCCGCUGGGAACAGGUAACGACUUGGCUCGGAUCCUGCGUUGGGGUUCGGGUUACAGCGGCGAGGACCCCCACCACAUCUUGGUGUCUGUUGACGAAGCUGAGGAGGUCUUGAUGGACAGAUGGACCAUUUUAUUGGAUGCUCAGGACAUGUCUGAAGAUGGACAGGGCAACCACUUCCUGGAGCCACCCAAGAUCGUCCAGAUGAAUAAUUACUUCGGCCUCGGCAUCGACGCCGAGCUCAGCCUCGAUUUCCAUUUGGCGAGAGAGGACGACCCAGAUAAAUUCACCAGCAGGUUCCACAACAAAGGUGUGUAUGUGAAGGUGGGUCUGCAGAAGAUCAGUCACAGCAGGAGCCUCCACAAAGAGCUGCAGCUGCAGGUGGACGCUCAGAACGUCCCGUUACCCAACAUAGAGGGGCUGAUCUUCCUCAACAUACCCAGCUGGGGUUCUGGUGCUGAUCUCUGGGGGUCAGAGGUCGACAGUCGCUUUGGGAAACCCAGAAUCGAUGACGGUUUACUGGAGGUGGUCGGGGUCACUGGGGUCGUCCACAUGGGCCAGGUGCAGAGCGGCCUGCGCUGUGGUAUUCGUAUUGCUCAAGGGAACUACAUCAGGCUGACUGUGAGUAAACCCAUACCUGUCCAGGUGGACGGGGAGCCGUGGACACAACCGCCGGGACACAUCAUCAUCUCUGCCGCUGGGCCGAAGGUCCGGAUGCUGAGGAAGUCCAAGCAGAAGCAGAAGAAGUCCUCAGCUAGCGUGAAGGACACCUGUGCAGAGAGCCCGUCCUCCAGGGACCGGCCCAUUUGAACAUGUCACAACGAGUGGAGCAUCGGGAUGUGACUGGAGAUCUUUAAUAUGAGCAAAUCAGUCAGAGCCGUGUGGAGCCAGAUUUCAGAGGUUUGACAGGAAAACAUAAUAACAACAACUCUGUGCAUUUGUAAUAUUAACAACUUAGUCCAGAAGUAGAGGCUGGUUAGAUAAAGAGUUAAUAUUGUCAUUUAAGCAUAAUGUGUUUUAGGUUUGGGUGUAUAUGCAUAUGGUUAAAAGUGAUCUGAUGACCACAAAAAGAGCAGAUGACUGAUAAACUGCUCAUCAGAGGACGUCACUGUUGGGUCUAAAAGGCUGCGUCUUCAUAAACAGCUGCUCUUUGGUCACUUUACUGGGCGUUGGCGCUGCACAGAACACGACCCUUCUGUGUGACAACAUUCUCCUUCGUGUCCAGCAGCUCAGUCUGGAGUCGAGUCACCGCUCUGCACAUGUUUGAUCACUUAGUUUAAAACUUGUGUGCGUCGAAGGCUCAGAUCAGGCGAGCGUCACCUGCCAGCGUGUCCUGGGAGGAACGGAGUGAGGCAGAUGUGAGGGUUCCAGCUCUUAAUGUAGCCACGCAAGUACUUGAUUACUGUAAUUUUGGUUAUUUAGACAUGUUCGGUGCUAUGAUAGUAACUUGUGCUGUGCUGAACGAAGGAUUGUAGGAUCCUGUUUUCAUUCAAAGCCUCAAAUGAUGAAUAUGAGGCCAGAUGAUUUAUUUAAUUAAUUUCAUAAAUUAAGGUGACACCAAGUGUCUCUGGCUUUGAAUAACUUUUACUUGGAAGUGAGCGUCUACUGAAGUAGUUUUCAGUCUUUUGUUCUGUGGAUGUGUCUUUAGCCGGCUGCCAUGUUUUAGACAUCCGUCUGUCCCGUAUCCAACCACAACUGCUGCACAUUUAACGAAAUGCGUUCACUCUCCUGCAGCUGCUGCGCCGGCUCCUCACACAUUCACUCCUGGAUGAACUGAAGUGAUUGAACAGUCAGUGUCAGUCCCACACCAUGACAUUUCCUUGUGCUCUGCCGUCGGGCCUCACCUGACGUCAUUAGCCCCGCCCCCUUCACAUACCUGUGCCGGUUGUGGGUUGGUCUGCAGGUCUGCGUAGUGCUCCGUCAGAUCGCUUCGACGUGUGUGUUGAUGUGUUCCCUGCUGGUGCAGUGGUGUGUUCAACUCUAACGUGCUGAGCUAAUGUGCCUCCAGAUGUCCUUUGCUUUCUGCUGUAACUACAUUUAGUUUUUAAUGACGUUUUCAAGAAGAAAUUUGUAUAUUUUUGCAGAGGCUGUUUUUCCAUUUAGGUUUAACUGUAAGUUGCAAAAAUUGUAUUUCAGAUGCUGUUAGAUGUUCAGGUUAUUAUGAAGCUAGAUAUAUGUACACUUAUGUGUGUUUAAAUAUCAGAUUCUUGUGUGUUUAUCGUAAUUAUAAUAAACUAAAACAUCCAAUAA